AUGAAAGACUCAACCGUAAGGUUACUGGGAAAUAACCAGGCUUUGGAAAAUAAUAGAUGGGGAGCAAAUGCUGGACUUCAGUAUGGUUACUGGACUACGGACCAACCAGGUUUAUCAGAAGACAUCAAUCAGGUGAUUGGGAAAACAAGGAUAACAAGGUUUCUAGCAACAGUAGGGUUACCGGGAAUUGACAAUCGGGUGAUUGGAAAAGUUAAGCAGCUUGCGGACAUUGAGGGUGCUGAAACAUCACGACUCCCAUCGGAGGUGACCAUUGUCGCGCGUUCGUUGGUUCGCUGGUUGAGAAACGAGCUCACCGAAGAAGACGACCGAAGCUAG